UCGAUAGUUUGCACUUCUAUUUACUCGUAUCGUUUCAUUCCUAUUCAUAGAUCUUCGUUAAUGUUGUCUUUAAUUUUUUAAAGUGGCGUGUUUAAUACUGCGAUUUCGAAGGAGAAAUGGAUAUUCUUGAAAGAAUUGGUAAAACAUUUUGGUCCACGAAUGUUUGGUUACCACCUAACACUACUUGGGAAGACAUUACUCCUGGCUCACGCCCGGACGUAUCACACGCUGAUUACAGGGACCUUAUAUGGCCCUUACCAAUGGCGGCUGUAGUAAUGGUACUACGGUAUGCUGUAGAAAGUAUUGGCACUCAAGCAAGACUACAAAACUAUUUCGUUAGCAUAUUUUAAUUAAUGGUAAUAAUAUCCCCAAAUAUUCCGGGGAUUUCGAAAUCCCGGGAUUCACAAAAUGGCUUGCCUUAAUACAAACAUAUACUUAUUCUUAAAAUGCCACUCGGACUGGUUACUAUUUUUUUGUAUACAAUAGUUUCGCGGUUGCUGUGGUGUAGAGGAAAGCAGUGCGCGCUUCCGCUCCGCAGGGACUGGGUUCCGGAUGUCUAGAAUGUUUUAAAAAAAAGCGCAAUUUCUGAAAAAAUCGCUCAAAAUCGCCAAUUUU